AUGCGUGAUAAAUUAUUAAUUAAAUUUUUCAUUAGUCUAUUUAUAAUUACACUUCUCAUUAAUUUAUUUCAAGCUCAAUCUGUAAUAGAUCCAAACGCAUAUAAUCUAACUGCAUUAUGCGCGCAAUAUAUCUCGUCUGCUGCUGAUGACAAAUCUCUAAACAACUGCAUUCCAAUUAAAUCCUUGGAAUUGAGCUUGCCAUUACUCUUUGAUAAAUCCUCGAGUAACCCAACAGGAAAGCUAAACGUUCUCUCACAACUGGUAAAAGAUACAUGUGCAUUAAAACCAUGCUCAAAUGAUGUAAUCCUGCAAUUACUUCAAACACUAAAAUCUCAAUGCUCUCAAGAUCUCGAAUCAAAAAAUUUAAUAAUCACAACGUUCUUUGAGUUGUUUAAUUAUUAUGAUUUAGUUAGAGAUAUUAUAUGUUUAAGAGAUUCUGCGAACAAAUAUAAUUCUUUCUGCGUUUUGGAGACUCUAGUAAAUAUUGGUAAUGCUCUCAACAGCACAUCAUCAGCUCCCAAUAAUGUUAAUAGACGUUCCCCAGAUAAUAUUGUUUCUAAACGUUGUAUACAAAAAACUAAUAUCGACAACACGAACAUUGAGGACUUAGGUGGUUCAACCGUAAUCACUACUCGCAUUUUUUUUUCAAAAGUGUCCAACAUUCCUACGUCUACUGCUUCGGAAAUCUUUGGAAAUUCUAAAACGACAAGUAUCGCUGAAUCUACCACUAUGGCUACAACCAAUAAUGCUAUUAGUUCAUCUACCCCUAUUCCGAUUCCACAAAGUACUUUCAAUGCUCCACAAAGUAUCUCCAAUGAUACUUGCCCACCUGAUAUGUCGCUAAUGUCAGUAAUGAAACCUCUAUUAAGUUUGUCAAGCCAAGUGAUUUGUACAGAUUGCAAUAAGGCAAUUUUCACAAAAAUCCUUUUGUAUACGAAAAAAGCUCCAACGGCAUUCAAUUGCACACCAUUUGGGCCAAUAGUUUCAAUGGCUCCCGCAUUUUUUUCUCAAAAAUGUGACCCUCAAUUCCUUGAUCAAAAUAUUCCAAGUAGUAUUUCUAGUGCAACUUCAAUUUUGGAACAUGUUAGUUUUCAUGAAUUAUUAGGGAUUGGUUGUUUAUCCCUUUGGUUUGGUAACUGCUUAAUUUAA